AUGAAGUUCCGUCGAUUCAAGAGAAUUUUCAUCAAGAACACACAACCCAAGGCACUGCUCGCUCUGUGCUGCCUCACGUGCAUGGCCAUGGUUCUACUCAGUCGUUUCUUCGGGGUACCGAGGAAUCCAGACCACCCACACAACUACAUCCAGUAUUUCCCACAUCGAGAGUGGCGCAGCUCCGGCGCAAAGACCAUCCUCUUGUGGACGCCUCGCUUCGGCUAUGACUACUGGGCCAUGGACCCGGACUACGACUUUGGUGAGUGUCCGGUGAAGACGUGUCGACUGACCAAUGAUCGGACCUUGCUGGACACCAGUGACGCCGUGCUCUUCCACUCCCGCGCUCUGUGGAACAACUUCCUGGGCACGUCCUUGCCCACACACCACCAGCCGCACCAGGUGUGGGUAUACCAGGAAAUGGAGCCCUUACCUCACGUUUUCCUUGACCUUGGCCACUAUAAAGGUGUGUUCAACUGGACUUCCACCUACAGACUGGACUCUGACGUACCCGCGGUCUACAGCAAACUUAUACGUCACGGGGAGCCGUGGCUGGGCUGGAUGGAGGAAACGGACCCUGCGAUAUUGUGGUUGACGGGUGCUCUGGACGAGCGUCGACGAGAGCGCAUCGUGAACGCCCUGAGUGAGUUCCUCCCCAUAGACAGGUACGGCAGGUGCGGGAACCUCACACUGGACUGCCCCCAGGACUUCUUGUGUGAGAAAAGUCUGUCCCAGUACCGGUUCUACCUGUCUCUUGAGAACGCCGUGUGCACUGAUUACGUCACCGAGAAGUUCUUCUUGCCUCUACAGCGGAGACAGAUACCAGGUGAGGUUUGUGAACCUUUAGAGGAUGUAAAGGGAGACAGAUACCAGGUGAGGUUUGUGAACUUGUAG